CCAGUCUGAGCUAACACAGCCACACAAAUACCAGAGGGCUUUGGGCUCUCUUUUUUGAUACAGAAGCUGUUGGACCAAGGUACUGUGGAAAUUGCAUGGUCUAGGGAACACAGGAAGCCGGGCAGCUUUUUUUCCCUCACCUCCUUUCUGCAGUCACCCUUACUGCUUUACGCACAAGCUCCAUCCAGAUCUGUUGUUUGUCCUUGACUGUUUCAGAAGAAAUGUAACUAAGAGCAGCUGCAGGAAUUCGCAUUUCUUGGCCGAAGUCCUGUGGAGCUAUCCCAAUAGCUGAUAAUUUCAUCAAAAAGCAAAAUAUUUUGUUUUCAAGACUUCUCAGUAAAUCAGCAUGAAUUCUCUUAAAGUGGAUUAAGCAACUAACAGAACACUUCUGGUUGGCCUGGUGACAGGAAACUGCAGCCUCUCUCUUCAAGCAACGCACGCCAGGCAUAAACACCGUCAGCAGGAGGAAUGUUCAGCUACCUCCGAAAACGCUUUACGAGCCACAUCACAGAACGUAGCCGACGAAGAGCAAGGCUCGUCUCUAAAGAUGGAAGGUGUAACAUAGAGUUUGGCAAUGUAGAAGAACAGUCGAGGUUUGUCUUUUUGAUUGAUAUAUGGACAACAAUUCUGGAUCUCAGAUGGAGAUACAAAAUGACUAUCUUCAUUUCAGCAUUCUUAGGCAGCUGGUUUCUAUUUGGUCUCCUCUGGUAUGUUGUGGCAUACAUACACAAAGAUCUUCCAGAAUUCAACCCUUCCAUAAACCACACCCCCUGCGUUGAGAACAUCAAUGGCCUGACCUCAGCUUUCCUGUUCUCCCUAGAGACCCAGGUAACCAUUGGUUAUGGCUUCAGAUGUGUCACAGAACAGUGUGUCACAGCCAUUUUCCUGCUGAUUUUCCAGUCUAUCUUAGGGGUAAUCAUCAAUUCUUUCAUGUGUGGUGCCAUCUUGGCCAAGAUAUCCAGGUCCAAAAAACGGGCUAAGACCAUCACCUUCAGCAAGAACGCUGUCAUCAGCAAGCGUGGUGGGAAGCUGUGCCUCCUUAUUCGGGUGGCAAACCUCAGGAAGAGCCUGCUGAUUGGAAGUCACAUCUAUGGAAAACUGCUGAAGACCACCAUCACCCCAGAAGGAGAGACAAUCAUUCUGGACCAGGUCAACAUAGAAUUUGUAGUUGAUGCUGGCAACGAGAAUCUCUUCUUCAUUUCCCCAUUAACUAUUUAUCAUGUCAUAGAUAAGAACAGCCCAUUCUUCCGCAUGGCAGCAGAAACCAUUCUGCAGCAAGAUUUUGAACUGGUGGUGUUUUUGGAUGGCACUGUUGAAGCCACUAGUGCCACCUGUCAAGUAAGGACCUCCUACAUCCCAGAAGAGGUGCUCUGGGGUUACCGCUUUGCUCCCAUUGUGUCCAAGACCAAAGAAGGGAAAUACAGAGUAGAUUUCCAGAACUUCAGCAAGACAGUGGCUGUGGAGACUCCCCACUGUGCCUUCUGUCUCUAUAAUGAGAAAGAAACCAAAGCCAAAGAGAAGAAAGGUUAUGACAACCCUGGCUUUGUCAUGUCAGAAGUUAGUGAAACCAGUGACACAAAAAUGUAGUUCUGAAUAUUCCCGGGAUCUUUCUUCAUAAAGAAAUCAAUCCUGACAGGCUUAAUAACUUAGUAAAACAGCAGAGAAAUAUGCAGGUUCAUUUUAUUUCUAAAACAGCAUUUAUCUUCUCAAAAGCCUUAAAUCAGAGGACCAGCACAGUGAUCUCCAGAAUGCUAUUUAACUAUGCUAUAUAUAUUUCAUAGAAUUUAUAUUUUUGUACCUGCGGGACAUUUUAUGAAGCUGCUAAGUUGGAAUGUCCAACUCAAGUUCCCAGAGGCAUGCAAGUCUGUUAAAAGGCCUGAAAAGACAGAAAAAAAAUUAGGACACAAAGAUACACAGCUGUUGGAUUGAAAGAAUGAAGAGGAAACAGAAGGCAAAAUUUUCAAAACACCUAAGGGACUUAGGAGCCAAAACCACAAAAAAAGAUAUGUUUCUAAUUGCCUAAGUCCUCUCUGAAAGCAGACUCUCUGGCUCCAGAACACUUAAGCACUUUUGAACAUUUCAAAACUAUCCCUUCUUUGGGGUUGAUACUUCUACAGAAAUGGAGCAUUAAUGGAUGGUACAUGCUUAGGAAGCUUGUGGAAAAAACAGCUUCAGCCAUAAUGCUGCAUCUAGAGCUGGGUAAAAUACCACUUUUCUGUGAAAAUUUUUGAUUCUUUUCCUGAAAAAAGAACCAAAUGGAAAUGAGAAGUGAAAAAGAACAAGGAGAGGUACAAAGAGACCCACUAUGGGAAAAGAGGAAUUUUGUAGCUUAUUCCUGUCUCACCUUCUGGAUACUCUUCUCACCACUUCCCCAGGGGCUGACUACCUGCGAAAUCUGGAAGCAUCUGAAGACAGCUGUCCAGAAAGAAGGUGAGCCACAGCAGGGAGAUCCAGAAUACACCGAUUCUGUCAUGCAUGGCAGAAAAGCAGUCUACUGGGAGAAAACAGGGAACUCCCUGGAUGUAUCUUUAGAAAAAAACAAAGCAAAUAAGGAUUAUCUUUUCUCUUUGAAGCACCAUCUUGUUAAAAUACAAAUACAGCAAAGAUGCA